GGAUUCCAUCCUCAGUAGCAAAAUGAAAAAGGAUACAACAUCUUAAAGAAGUAGCUCAUGCAGCUUUAAUAGAAUGCAUGGAGCAAGACUAAAAGGAAAGUUACUAAAACAUUAACAAUGACAGUAAGGGUUUAGACGCUUUUACUUUUCUGCCUUUAGAUAUUUUAUAUUUUCUGGCUAAAAAAAAAAAACCACUAAAUAAAGAAGGCUUAACAUAACAGGUAGAAGUCUAGACAAGGAUAUCAGCAUACUUGAAAAGACAAUAUGUGAACAGAAGUGUCUGCUGGCCCCUGGAGAAGGGCCUCUAAGAGAAAUUUGUGAAAGUUUACCCAACACUGCCAGGGAAAAGUGAGGUGGAUGCCUCAGACUUGGAAGACACUUCAGUAUUAAAAUCAUUCAUUCAUCUUAUGCUUACUUCAAUUCAAUGCCUAACAAGCAAAAUUCUGGUUUUAAUUGGAGCUCAUACAGGUUCUGAUAGUAAGCACCGAUCACACCAACACAUUCCUAUGUCAAUUUGUACCUCAGUCUGCCGUGAGUUGUGAAUGGGAAUCAGUUCUGGAGCAAUCAGUCAAUUCUUGGUGAUAAGUUCUCAUUUCGGGACCUACAAAGCAUACCAGGUGAAGACAGCAUGGGAGGAAAGAACUCCACACCUAAGCCCCAAUAUGACAUCUCCUCUACCGUCGCCCCGACGACCACGAGCUCUGCACCCUGUCAUUCCAGCCGUCCCAACCCAGCAGAUUUAAUCUUGGUCUUUUUGGCUGGGGUUCUACUGACACUGCUGCUGACGGCCAUGGUCUUCCUCAUCGUUAAGAGCUGCAGAAGAUGUCACUACAGUCCCCAGGUCCCAGAUCCUCACCCGGACUCUCCUGCCAAGCGUUCAUCCCCACAAGAGGACCCGCUAACCUACGCCAGCAUGUCCUUCCAACCCUUGGAAAAGAAGAGCCACAGCUUGACUGCAAACCAUUCUGCGGACUUAGACCCUGUCGUCUACGCUCAGGUUAAAGUGACAAGCCAGUGAGGCUGGACUCCAGUUCCUCUCAUCUCAACAUAUUCUUUUCUGGUCUUCUACAAUUUUUUGACUGCAGCCCACGUGAAACUGCAGAGUUGUUUAGGUGUGAUCUGACAGUGGGAUCCAGAAGUCUCCAAGACCAGUGGUCAGUCAUUUUCCUGGCCAGAGGAAAAAGGUUGCUGGCCUUCCUACUUGUACCAACAGACGGACAGCUAGCUGAGGGCCUCCCCGGUAGCCUCCCAAAGGGUGUGAGACAGAGCUCAGUGUUCAGAACGUAAUCCCCCAGGGUCAUUGAUCAACUAGGGAGGAGUCAACCCAAUGAACAAUCUAUCAGGAAUUCCAAAAAAGGCAAAACCCUCCCAAAUAUUGGCUCCUUCUUCAUCAGUAAUUAGUCUAUCAUAGUCACCUUCUCCACAUGUCAGGACCAGUGUUUUACACAAAUACAAAAUCCACAUUGUAUAAAGCACUAUUCAAAUGUGGGUUUCCAUAUCCUUACUAUGAUGUAUGCAAUAUGCAUAACAAUCUUACAUGAGAACCAAAAAUAAAAAUUAAUCUAAACAUUAAUUCCCCUCCAAUCACAAUGGAUAAUCAUAUAGGCAAUCCCAUUAAAGAUAUCAAUCCCAUUAAAAAAAAUUCUAGGCACACUUACCUUAAAAUUCCCACUUAAAUAAUAAACAAGAAAGAAAAUCAGGAAAAUUCAUACAGACAAAUUAAUGAUAAAUAAAAUUUAUGUAGGAAAGCUAGCCUUAGCAGCUAACUUAAAGCACCUGUUUUGAUUUCUUUUUUAAAGACACUUUAUUAAUAUAUUAUUUACACAUGCCUCACCUAUUUACAUAGUAUAAUUCUAUGGUUUUUUUAAAUUUAUUUCUUACAUACAUGACAAUAGUGGAGUGCAUUACAUUCAUAAUUAUCCAUUCACUAAUUCAAUGUUUUUAAUGUAUUUACCAUAUUGUGCAACUAUCACAAAAAUCUAAUUUUAGAAUAUCAACUUCCUAAAAGAAUUUCCACACACUUUAGGAGUCAAUCCUCAUCUUCUCACCCUAAGGCCCCUAAAUAAUCACUAAUAUGCUGUCUAUCUCUAUAUGUUUGCCUAUUCUGAACUUUUCACAUAAGUGGAAUCCUACAAUAUUUGGCUUCUUUGACUUAACAUAAGUUUAACCAUUUUGCAGCAUGUAUCAGUAAUUCAUUCCUCUCUAAUAUUGAAUACGGUUGCUUUAUAUGGUAUGCCACCUUUUGUUUGAUCAUUCAACAAUUUAUGGAAAUUCAAACUGUAUCCACUUUUUAGUUAUGAACAUUGCUGCUGUAAUAACAUUUCUGUACUAGUACCUAUUUUGUUAAGCACGAUUAAUUAUUAUGCUAAUGAUGCAUGAAUAAAUAAAUCAGUAGAAUAGAAUAAAAAAAGACCAGAACUAAACUAAAAUACAUAUGGACAUUUAGAUUUGGGAGAUGGUUUAUUAAAUGAUUUGAGAAAAUUUGGUUUAUUCAGUAAAUGGUAUUCAGAUUUUUAAAAAGUAACCAUGAACCAUCUCACUCCUUAUGUCAAAAUAAAUUCCAGGUAUGUCAGAAACUAAACUGUAAAAGAUCAUUAAAGUACUGUAAUAAAUAUAAGAGUAAAAAUAAUUCAGAGUGGGUCAUGUCUUUAAACUUAUGACACAAACCCCAGAAAUCAGAAUAUAUUAACUUGAUUUAUAAAAUACCAUUAGAAAGUCAAAAGACAAAUGACACAUUUGCAAAACAUUUCCAAAGCAUCUCACAGAUGAAGGACUAGUUUUCUUAGUAUAUAAAAAAAAAAUCUGAACAUAAGUUUAACCAUUUUGCAGCAUGGGAAUUGGUCAAAAGGGAAACUAAUGGUUCUUAAAAACAUACGAACAGAUACUCACUCGAGUUCACUCAUAAUAAAAGCAAUAGUAAUUAGAACUACAAUUAGGUGAUGUUUUAUAUCAAUAAUGUUUUAUAUCAAAAAGUUGCUAAAGAUCUGUGAGGGCAAGAUUGUGGGGACCAAAGACAGUUCAAGUAUUAUCGAAGACAAUUUGAUAUUGUAAGUUCUGUUUCCAAGAAUUUCUAAACAAUUCUAUUGCUAAGAAUUUACCCUCCUUAAAUACAUGGAAAAUUCGCUAUAUAAUUUCAAAUGCAGCAUUAAUCAAAUUGGUUGAAACUGAUAAUCCAGGCACUCUUCUAAGUGCUUGGCACUUAUUCGUGGAAUCCUCAUAGAAUCCCAUGACGUCAUAAUCAGUCUCAUUUUAGAUACAAAAGCGGGGCACAGUGAGGGUCAGUAAGUUGCUCAAGUUCAUACUGCUAGUAAGUAAUGGCCCUGGAAGUCAGCCCCAGGUAGGCUGGUGCCAGAUUUUGCACAUUUAUUCAUCAUGCUCAACUCUGUAACAGCAAGACUGAAACCAUGUCCAUUGAGAAGGGACUGGUUCACAAAGUCCAGUGCAGCCAUUAGAGAGAAUGAAGGUCUAUCUGG